AUGAAUACGUGUUCAUUCCUUUUGUCUGUAAUAUUAGCACUUUUGUAUAUUUCAGGAUGUUCUGUAUACUCUUUUCGGACGUUUUUAAGGAAUCCUGUAUCGUCAGCUUUUAUCACUGGACAACAUUAUCGCAAUAGGUUACUACGGCAGGGUCGAGUAGACGUUAAACUGGGCGAUACUGACACGGAUCCUGAAGAAUCCAAUAAAUAUAACAACGACAAAGCAAAACAUAGUGGAGAUGACGAAAGAAAAAUAUCUGAAGAACUGUCAGAGUUGAUAUCGCGAGAAUGUGAAAUUUCUAAGAACAACAAUUCCACCGUGGAUCUUUCAAAAUAUGAUUGGUUUGAUGACGAACCUUUCGAUUCCUCAGAUGAGGAAUUUGCAAGGGAAUACUGGGAGACACGACCCCCUGAUAUGGAAACAAUUUACAAACACCUUGAUCCCUACGGGGUUAGAUAUUUUACUCCACAAAAUCGAAACGCCAAUAGGUUUUUGGGAAGGGUUUAUGGAGUUGGAAAACCAAUCAGAGAUGAUGGAGACGAUAAAUUCAGUAAUGUUUAUUCUGCUGAGGAAUUUAUGUCAAAGUUCCCAAAUUCACAAGCCUAUGGGACACCAGAUAACUUAAAUAAAAAACCAAAACCUACUAUAUCACAAGACCAUGAUGCAAAAUUUAUCAGAAAUGAAAUCAGCGAAUUUGAUUUUGGAGAUGAGUUUGAUGAAGAUGAUGAAAGUAUUGUUAUGGAAGAUGAAUUGUGUCGCUAUUUCUUAAGAUUACCAUUGAUAGAUUGGGUAGACGAUGAAAAAGAGGCAUAUGAAAUGGGUAUGAUCCGCAUGAAGAAAUCUAAAAAUUAUUCUAAACAACAACGGGAUAAAUAUACUGCUGAUUUUAGGUCCGUUUUUGCUUCAACUCCAUGCAGUUCUGUGGGCGUUUUUGACAUUGAUACUGCAGAUUCCCCUGAAACUGUUGUUAUUAAUCCCCAAAAAUUAUAUAUUAAAGAAUAUAAGCAUAACGACCUUUUAAAUGACAUUGAUAAUUAUGAAUCUAAACCAUAUCCUUCAAUAGUAGAGACUAUCGCAAAAAGAGAUUGCAACGAACCUAUAUUUUUUAUAGGAGAAAAAGACAGACAUGAAUAUUCUAAAGAUAAUAAAACCAAAUUUGGGGUGAAAGAUAGUAAUUAUGCUCGCGAACUCGAAGAUCCUUUGGUAUAUGUAGGGAUACCAAAGUCCUUUAUAAAACCUGAUGAAAGAGAUUCUAAAAUAGUGAACAAUGCAGUCUUAUUGAGAAGGAAGUACGAUGAAACAGUUGGGAAGGUUAUUGGAAAAAUACCAAUAGAGGAUGGAUACAAUACUGGGAUAAUACUCAUACACAAUGAAGCAGACUUUUUGGAUCAGAACAUUAGAUAUUUAGCUGAUGAACUCUCAGUAAUAUCGAAUAGUUUUAUAUUUGUACCAAGAUUACCAAAUGAUGAUAUGAUGUUCACUUUGGCAUUAAAUAGACUAAUAAAAUUUGUCCAGCUCGUUUAUAAAGUUGACAGAUUGGGUUUUGUAGCCUUGGGAAGUCAUGGACACAGAAUUAUAGACUAUAUAUAUAAUGCAAUGAAAGAAACGAUCUCCGAUAUGCAUGUCCCAAAAGAUGAGGGAAAAGAUUCUGACAGAAUAUCUUUAUCGAGGCUACGCGAUUUGAUAAGUAGGCAGUCUAUACCAAUUUUGGAUGAUAUAUUAGAGUAUAUUAAAAAUUCCUCACUGAGAACAAGUGAAUUGGCAGCCAGAAAGGCCAGAGAUGUAAAUAUAGUUAAACCACUCUCAAAGAUCUUGCAAGCAGUUGCUUUGUUUGAUACUGGCAAUAUCGAUUUUAAAAAGAUUUUGGAUUUAUCGCUUCCAUUCCUUAUAUUGCAAUCAAACAGAAGUGAAUUAUUUCAUAGCAUGCUACCGUUAGACGACCCAGAAUUCACUGAAAAAAGGAAAAACUACAGACACCAUCCUCAGUUAAAGGGUAUGGAUGUAUUUAAAUUUAUCAAGGGAGAGCCUCCAAAGUCACUGCAGAAGAUGAUUGAUGAUGGAAUGAAGUUUGUUUAUCUCCCAAAUGAAUAUACUCUUGAUAGAGGAAUAGAGCAAUACCUCAUAUCUUCACGUCAUAAAGGGGUUGACACACUGAUGCGUGUUUAUUUAAAUGCUUCUUGUCAUUACUAUAUGAACAAACCAUCGGCAAGUAAAACAGAACGUGAUGCUACAGGACACUCAAUAUCUUCUUGUGCAGGAUGGCUUCAAGACUGGCUCUAUUAG